CCUACCAUAUCUUUCUUCAGGGAUCAAAAUUGACUGGAAAUCACUAGUGUCAUUUUUAAAUGGGGAACUCGGGACAUGUCUUUUUUUUCAGGAGGCUCUUAUCCACAAGAAUCAGGAUCUUCUUUCUCUGAUCAGAGAUGAGUGAAUCUCAUACUUAUGCCAGUGAACGAGUAAAGUCUGGUGCUUCUAGACAAAGCCAAAAGAGAACAUGUAUAUUAACCACAAGUCAACGUGGACAAAACCCAUCUCCAUUUGUCCUUGCCAGAUCCGUUGCUAUAGCUAUGGGGAUUCGUUUCAUUGGAAUGGCAAUCAUAUGCAGUGCCAUGAUCAUAACUCCAUUAUUCAACCAAGAAGCUCCAAUUUCUUUGAAAGAAAAUUACUGUGGUCCAUGUCCUAAAAACUGGAUAUGUUAUAGAAAUAACUGCUACCAAUUUUUUAAUGAGAGCAAAAGCUGGUACCAGAGCCAAGCUUCUUGUAUGUCUCAAAAUUCCAGUCUCCUGAAGAUAUACAGCAAAGAUGACCAGGAUUUCUUUAGAUUGGUGAAGUCAUAUCAUUGGAUGGGACUAGUACAAGUUUCCACAAAUGGUUCCUGGCAGUGGGAAGAUGGCUCCAUUCUCUCGCCCAACCUACUAACAAUGGUUGAAAUGCAGAAUGGAACCUGUGCAGUCUAUGGCUCAAGUUUUAAAGCUUAUACAGAAAAUUGCUUAACUCCAAACACAUACAUCUGUAUGCAGAGAAUUGUGUAAAAUCUUAUAGUUAAUAAAAUAUGAAGUAUUCAAAGAUUCAAAAGCCAUUCUCUGAGUGUACUCAAAGAAAGCUCACAACAGGAACAGUUCUUCUUGUGUUCAAGAAUGUGUUCAACACAUACAUUUCUUGAAGAAAAGAAGAAAAUUCUACAUAGUUACUGAAUUUUUCCAUGUAUAGCAUAUAAAAAUUUUUUUGCAGGGAAUAAAAACUAAUAGAUAAAGACAAAAUCGUACACAUAAACAAUGGAGUAGUAGCCAUAAAAAAAGAACAAAAUAAUACCAUUUGUGGCAACAUAGAUGGGCUUAGAGAUUGUCAUACUGAAUGAAGACAGAGAAAGAAAAUUAUUGUAUGAAAUAGAUUAUUUUUGGACUCUAAAAAAUAAAUGAUAUAAAUGAACUUAUCUACAAACUAGAAACAGAAUUACAGACCUAGAAAAUGAAUUUAUGGUUACCUGGGAGUGGAAGGAUACUUAGAGAGCUUAGGAUUAACAUGUACACACUGCUACAUUUAAAAUAAAUAAUCAACAAGAAUCUACUGGUUAAAAAAAAUGGAAAGGGAACAAGAGAAUGAUAUAGAUGAGAUGUGACUGGCCAUGUGUUGAUAAUUUUUCAAGCUAAUUGGUGACUCCAUGGGGAUUUACUACACUAUUUCUUCCAGUUUUGUGUAUGUUUGAAAUUUUCCAUAAUAAAAAGCUUUUUAAAUUUUGUUUCAAAAAA